AUGUUGAGCAGCGCCCGGACUGCUGCUGCGCCCCCCAGGACCCCCCAGAUUUGGGGCUGGGGUCCCCCCAAAAAACUCCACAACGUCGGGGACGCCCCAAAAUCCCCCCUCCCCCACCUGAGGAACUGCUGCUGGAUUUUGGGGGGGGGGUUCACGUGGGACCCCCAUUCUGGGGGGGUCUGGGGGGGAUUUGGGGUCCCCUCCCCGUUUUUUGGGGUCCCCUCCCCAUUUUUGGGGUCCCCCCCAUUUUUUGGGGGGGGUCUCCCCCCCGGUUUACGUCGAGUUUUAUUUUUUCAAGGCAAUAUUAUAAAUCAGAGUCUAUAUCGGCCCCUCCCCCCGGGGGCGGGGCCUGAGGGGGCGGGGCCUGAGGGGGAGUGGGGGAGGGGCGCUUACUCGGAGCUUACUCGGGCUUUACUCCAGGGUUACUCGGGGCUGCGGCGUCUCCUGGGAGGGUUCCCCGCGAGGCUGGGCCCUGGUUACUCCGGGGUUACUCCAGGGUUACUCAGAUUUUACUCUGGGGUUACUCAGACUUUACUCCAAGGCUGGGCCCAGGUUACUCCAGGGUUACUCAGACUUUACUCCAACUUUACUCCAAGGCUGGACCCACUCCACUCCAUUGUUACUCUGUGGUUACUCCAGGAUUACCACAACUCUACUCCAUGGUUACUCAGCCUGCACGCCAAGGUUGAGCCCAGGUUACUCCAUGGUUACUCCAGGGUUACUCCAGGGUUGCUCAGACUUUACUCCAAGGCUGGGCCCAGGUUACUCCAGAGUUACUCAGACUUUACUCCAAGGCAGCUCAGGCCCAGCUGUGGGCCACCCCUGCCCUACUCCAGGGUUACUCUAGGGUUACUCCUCAGCCGUUCUCUGCUCCUGCUCUCGGUUACUCCUGAGUUACUCCUGAGUUACUCCAGGUUCUCAGAGCCUGCUCAGGACUUGAUUCCUACUCAGACUUUACUCCCGAGUUACUCACGGCCAGGGCGGGGCCUUUACUCAGCUCUUACUCCGGGCUCCUCCUGGAGAUCCUCACUCCGCGUUUACUCCGCGUUUACUCCGAGCUUACUCAGCCUUUGAGGUACUUGGACCUGCAGGCAGAACUUACUCCAGACUUACUCAGCUCCUUACUCCGGCCUUGCUCAGCUCCCCCUUUCUGGGUUGUUUUCGGUCCUUUUGCGCUACUCACACCUUACUCAGCCCUUACUCAGCCUUUACUCAGCCCUUACUCCGGGUGCUUUGCUCCUCUUGGCCUUUGCUCCGCCCUUACUCCGCCCUUACUCCGAGCUUACUCAGCCUCUAUUCAGAGGUCAUUCAGCCUUUACUUGGAUGUUACUCAGCCCUUACUCAGCCUUUACUCCGAGGUUACUCCGGCCUUGCAUGGCCCCGCCCCUCAGGGCUGGGGUUACUCCCCCUUUACUCAGCCCCUCCCCCUCCUGCCCAGCCCCUCCCCCCGC